GCAACACCAGACAUCCGCACCCCCCAGCCUACCCUCUCGGGGAUAAUUACACGCGUUCUACACAAUGCCUGGCAGUGACGCCUUUCGCGCCCUCCGCUGGCUUUCUCGGAGCUCGGGGGGUCUGUUGUCGGGCGUGGAGACCACUACGCAACGAUGCCUGGCCAGGCCUUUCUCCCGGUCGAUGGCCACCGAGACCGCCGACAACCUGACGCGAGAGAUCCCCAAGCCCGUGUGGAACCCGGCCCCCGCGAUCGCGACCACCUACUCUUUCCCGUCGAUGGAGCCCCUGCGACAGGUCGAAUACCCUCAGAACCACCUCAUGAUGCCGCUGCGCAGAGAUCUCCUCCACCGAGCCGUCGUAUACGAGGGUGAUGCCACCCGGCAGGGUACCGCCAGCACCAAGUGGAGAGACGACGUGCAUGGCAGUCAUAGAAAGAUGGCGCCGCAGAAGGGUACUGGCAGGGCCCGUGUCGGUGACAAGCAGUCCCCGAUCCGGAGAGGUGGAGGUGUUGCCUUCGGACCCCAUCCCCGAGACUUCUCCUCGGGGCUUCCCCAGAAGAUCUACGACAAGGCGUGGCGGACGGCCCUCAGUUAUCGCUACAAGCGCGGCCAAUUGAUCAUCAUCGACAAGGAGAUCGCGCUCCCGGAAGACGCCACCCCGUAUCUCGUCGAGGAGAUCUUCAAGGUCAACCAGUGGGGCAAUCGAUUCGGACGGUCAACCCUGAUCACGGACCGGCUGGAUGAGAACCUGUUUGAGACGGUGCGGAAGGUGGGCCACCAUGCGAAGAUCCUGGACCGCAAGGACGUGGAUGUGAAGGACCUGCUGGAGACCGGCCGCUUGAUCAUUGAGAAGCUGGCCUUGGACCGCAUUCUGUCCCAGCACUCGAGGGAUCUGAACAUCAAGGUGGCAAAGGCUCUGUAUUGAAUUGGAUGAACUUGGCGAUGGGGACUUUUCUGGUUAGCUUUGGGGUUGUGAGUGUUUCUCUUCUGUACAAAUAGAUUCGGAAUAUGUAUGAUGGCACUG